AUGACGGAGUUGCAUCAGGCAGCAGCUGCUGGAGAUUAUGAUCUUGUGGAGGAAAUUGUGAGAAAAAAAUUGUGUGACCCCAAUCAGAAAGACGUAGAUUGGAAUAAUAAGACUCCUCUCCACUGGGCAGCGUCCAAAGGCCAAACAGAAGUGGUUAGGAUACUGAUUGAAAACGGAGCGAGGGCAUGUUUGAGGACGGAUAAUGGAUGGACGCCGGCACACUUUGCAGCGGAGUCUGGACGACUAGCAGUACUGCGACUGCUACAUUCUCUCCAUGCCCCUGUAGAUAAGGAGGACUCUUCCGGUGAUAAACCUGUGAGAAUUGCUGAGAUCUAUGGACAUGAAGAGUGUGUUCAUUUUCUUGAAAAGGCAGAGGAUGAGAGCAGAAACUAUCGUCAAAUGGUGAAAUUAAAUGGGCUGCCCUUCGACGAUACUGAUGAAGAAUGGGAACAGGAAAGAAAAGAGGACAAAAUGCAGGGGAAAAACAAUUAAAGAGCAGAUU